GUGAUCGGAGAUAGAUUAUUAGUAUCUUGGAGUUCGGUAUCUGGGAUUUUGGGUUGUAUCUUUCCGUUUUAUCUUUAUUGUUAGGAAACCUUUCCCUUCAAAUCUUAGUACGGUUGAGUGCAAGAUCUGAGUUUUAGGGUUGAAUCCUCGUUAGCAAGGUUUUCUCUUGAGACCAUGGAAAGCUCUAGCAUGGAACAGCAAUACAAGCCUCCCACAACUAAGCUUACCCUAAAAAGCAAUAAGAGGUAUCAUGUGUUUCUGAGUUUCAGGGGAUAAGAUGUCAGGAAGACCCUGGUCGACCAUCUUUUUGAAGCCCUUUCCGCAGCAGGACUGAACGUCUAUAAAGAUGACGAAAAAUUGGAAAAGGGAGAAGAGAUUGGGCCGAGCUUGAAAAGAGCAAUCGAGAACAGUGCCAUACGCAUUCCUAUAUUUUCCAGAGGUUAUGCAGACUCAGCAUGGUGUCUCAAGGAGUCCGCUGCAAUGUUGAAGACCCCUGGCUUGAAUAUUCCCCUGUUUUAUCAUGUGAAUCCAACUCAGGUUAGAUAUCCUCAAAAUGACUCCAGUCCCUAUAAGCAAUCAUUUGAAAAGCACUAUGCCCAUCCAGAGCGGCACUCAGUAGAAGAGGUUAAUGAGUGGAAGCAUGCUCUUCUACAAAUCUGUGAUCACUCAGGCUGGUCCAUGGAUAUAACUCAACGUUAUGAAGCUCGAUUGGUAAAGAGGGUGGUGAAUGACCUCAUCAAGACAUUGGACAGAGUGCCAUUACAAGUUGCCAAUCAUCCGGUGGGAAUUGACAGCGUGAAGAAUGCUCUUAUUCAGAAAUUAAUUCUCAAUUCAGCGGAUGAAGUGGUUAAAAUUGGAAUAUGGGGUAUUGGUGGUAUUGGCAAGACCACAGUUGCCAAGGCAUUGUACAAUCAAGUCUAUACUGAUUUUGAAGCUGCUUCCUUUGUAGCUGAUGUCCGCACCACUGCUGCAGAAUCCAGAGGCCUGACAAAUUUGCAGAAUCAAAUUCUUGAGAAGUUAACUAAAUAUGAUGGAAAGGUGUACAGUGUUGAUGAGGGCAUAUCUCUGUUGAGAGAUCGUUUGGGAGGAAAGCGUGUGCUGCUUGUUUUGGAUGAUGUAGAUGCUGUUCAACAAUUGCAUGCUUUGAUUGGGGAUUGGCUGGACUGUCGCAGCAGAGUUAUUAUCACUUCUAAAGACCAACACAUUCUCAAUCUUGCUCAGGUCUCAUCCAAAUGCAUCCAUGAGAUUAGCGGAUUGGAUAUAGCUGAAGCCCUCCAGUUAUUUAGUUGGCACGCUUUUCUGAGAGCAGCUCCGAGUCCGAGAUAUGAAGAUCUGUCCAAAAAAAUAGCAGAAGCUUGUAAGGGGCAUCCUCUUUCAUUGGAAGUGAUUGGAUCCUUAUUGUAUGAUAAGGAGAAUGACACAGGGUGCUGGAAGGAAGCUCUUGAUAACAUCACCCUCCACCCAGAAAUACACAACAGGCUUUACAUCAGUUAUAAUGCUCUUACCGAUGAUGAAAAGGAAAUAUUCCUGGACAUUGCUUUCUUUUUCAUUGGAGAAGAAAAAACACGUCCCAUCAUUUUCUGGAAAUCCUUGUACAAGAGGGUAUACACUGCCGUUUCUAAUCUGUCAAUGAAGUUAUUGAUAAAGAUUGACGAAGGAGGUAUAUUUCAUAUGCAUGACCAUUUGCGAGAUAUGGGGCGAAGUAUUGCUGAAAAAGAGAAAGAGGGUACCCAACUAUGGGGGGUUGCACAUUCAAGCACCAUAUCAAACAGCAUUAAUUGCUCUCGCCUUCGACUCCAUGGAGGGUAUCCGCAAAGCCUAGAAAUGCUGUACAGGCAAUCCAAUGUUCGCUAUCUUCAUUUGGAGGAUCUGUCCAUGACAAAAGACACUAGCCAUGCUUCCUCCAAAUUUGAUAUUUACGGAUGGAACGUUGUCAACUUGAUACUGCAGCACUUGGACUUGGGAGGGUGUAAAAGCUUAAGUAACCCCUCUGAUACCAUUGGCUAUCUGUCACAUCUGCAGCACUUGGACUUGGAAGGGUGUAAAAGCUUAAGUGACCCCUCUGAUACCAUUGGCAUCCUGUCACAGCUGCAAUACUUCAACUUGAGAUGUUGUGAAAGCUUAAUUAAGCUUCCUGAUACCAUUGGCAACCUGUCACAGCUGCAGCACUUAGACUUAAGAUGGUGUAAAAGCUUAAAUAAGCUUCCUGAUACCAUUGGCAACCUGUCACAGCUGCAGCACUUAGAUUUGGGAUGGUGUAAAAGCUUAAAUAAACUCCCCAAUACCAUUGGCAACCUGUUACAGCUGCAGCACUUGGAUUUGGGACGGUGUAAAAGUUUAAAUAACCUCCCCGAUACCAUUGGCAACCUGUCACAGCUGCAACACUUGGACUUGGGAGGGUGUGGAAGCUUAAAUGACCUUCCCAAUACCAUUGGCAACCUGUCACAGCUGCAGCACUUGGACUUGGGAUGGUGUGAAAGCUUAAAUAACCUCCCCCAUACCAUUGGCAACCUGUCACAUCUGCAACACUUGGUCUUGGCAGGGUGUAAAAACUUAAAUAACCUCCCCUAUGCCAUUGCCAACCUGUUACAGCUGCAGUACUUGAAUUUGGGAGGGUGUGAAAGCAUAAAUAACCUCCCCAAUACAAUUGGCAAUCUGGCACAGUUGCAGCAUUUGAUCUUGGGAUGGUAUUUAGGGUUCCAUCCUCUGUUUUCUUUCUAUCCUCUCUUCAAAUCCAGCUCUAAGAUGGAACAACAAUACAGGCCUCCCACAACUAAGCUUGCCCUAAUAGGCAAGAAGACGUAUCAUGUGUUUCUGAGUUUCAGGGGACCAGAUGUCAGAAAGACUCUGGUCGAUCAUCUAUUUGAAGCCCUUUCCGCAGCAGGACUGAACGUCUAUAAAGAUGACGAAAAAUUGGAAAAGGGAGAAGAGAUUUGGCCUAGCUUGGAAGAAGCAAUCAAGAGCAGUGCCAUACGCGUUCCUAUUUUUUCCAGAGGCUAUGCAGAGUCAGCAUGGUGUCUCAAGGAGGCCGCCGCAAUGUUGAGGACUGAUGACUUGAUUAUUCCUUUCUUUUAUUAUGUGGAUCCAACUCAUGUUAGAUAUCCUCAAGGGAAUGACAGCCCUUAUAAGCAGUCAUUUCUAAAACAUUAUAGUCAUCCAAAUCGACACCCAACAGAGGAGGUGGAUGAGUGGAAGAAUGCUCUUUUGCAGAUCUGUGAUCGCUCAGGCUGGUCCAUGGAUAUGGCUCAAGGCUACGAAGCUCGGCUGGUAAAAACAGUUGUGAAUGACCUGAUCAAGACACUCGGCAGAGUGCCGUUAGAAGUUGCCAAGCAUCCGGUGGGAAUGGACAGCCUCAAGAAUGCUAUUGUUCAGAAAUUAAAUCUUAAUUCAGGGGAUGAGGUGGUUAAAGUUGGAAUUUGGGGCAUUGGUGGUAUUGGCAAGACCACAGUUGCCAAGGCAGUGUACAAUCAAAUUUAUACUAAUUUUGAAGCUGCUUCUUUCAUAUCUAAUAUUCGCGCCACUGCUGCAGAACCUAGAGACCUUAGAAAAUUGCAGAAUAAAAUUCUCAAGGAUUUAACCAAUUAUGGUGAAAAAGUGGACAAUGUUGAUGAGGGCAUAUCUUUGUUCAGGGAUCGUUUGGGAAGCAAACGUGUGCUGAUGAUUUUAGAUGAUGUGGAUGCUGUUGAACAGUUGAAUGCUUUGGUUGGGAACUGGCUGUGCUCUGGAAGCAGAGUUAUUAUAACUUCUAGAAACAAACACGUUCUCAAUGUUGCUCAGGUCUCACCCGAAGGUAUCCAUGAGAUUUGUGGAUUGGAGAUAAAUGAAGGCCUCCAAUUAUUUUGUUGGUACGCUUUUCUGAGAGCAGAUCCAAGUCCAGGUUUCGAAGAUCUGUCCAAAAGAAUUGUGGAAGCUUGUAAGGGGCAUCCUCUUUCAUUGGAAGUGAUUGGAUCCUUCUUGUAUGAUAAGCAGAAUGACUUAGGUUGCUGGAAGGAAGCUCUUGACAACAUUAUCCUCAAUCCAGAUAUUCUUGACAGGCUUUAUAUCAGUUAUAAAGCUCUCAGGGAUGAGGAAAAAGAAAUAUUUCUUGACAUUGCUUGCUUCUUUAUUGGAGAAGAAAAAGCAUAUCCCAUCAUUUUCUGGAAAUCCUUGUACAGAAUGGUAGACACUGCUCUCAAUAAUCUUUCAAUGAAGUCAUUGAUAAAGAUUGAUGGAAAAGGUAUAUUUGAUAUGCAUGAUCAUUUGCGAGAUAUGGGGCGAAUUAUUACUGAAAAAGAAAAAGAGCAUACCCGACUAUGGGAGGCUUCGCAUUUACGCAUCAUUUCCAACAAAGUCAAUUGCUCUCGCCUUCGAAUUGAUGGAGGCAAUCCACAAAGGCUUGAAAUUCUUUUCAGACCUGGUCUUCGUUAUCUUCAUUUGCAGAAUCUGUCAAUUGAAGGCAUGACAAAAGACACACUAGCCAUGCUUCCUCCAGAUUUGAUAUGGUUGAGGAUGGAAGAUUGUCGGCUUGAUAUUGGGAUUAACAGAGCAAAAAGGAAGCGACGUCACUCCUUUGCAGGUACCAGUUUGGAAUUGAAGACUAUGCAACUACAGUCCUGCCCUGGCGUUGACAACAUUGCUAUUUCCUCCCUAUUUUCACUUCCUACUAUGAAACUGCAGCACUUGAACUUGGGAGGGUGUGCAAGCUUAAAUAACCUCCCUAGUGUCAUUGGCAACCUAUCAGAGCUGCAGCAUCUGUAUUUGGGAGGGUGUGGAAUAUUAAAUAACCUCCCUGACACCAUUGGCAAACUGUUACAGCUGAAGCACUUGGAGUUGGCACAGUGUGGAAAUUUAAAUAACCUCCCUGAUACCAUUGGCAACCUGUCACAGUUGCAGCAUUUGGAUUUGGGAGGGUGUGGAAGCUUAAAUAACCUUCCUGAUACUAUUGGCAACUUGUCACAGCUGCAACACUUGAACUUGGGAGGGUGUCAAAGCUUGAAUAAUGUCUCUACUGCCAUUGGCAACCUGUCACAGUUGCAGCACUUGAACUUUGGAGGUUGUGGCAGCUUAAAUAAUGUGCCUGAUACCAUUGGCAACCUGUCACAGCUGCAACACUUGAAUUUGGGAUUUUGUGGAAGCUUAAAUAAGCUCCCCGAUACCAUUGGCAACCUGUCACAGCUGCAGCACUUGGAAUUGUCAGUGUACGAGGUUAAAUAAUCUCCAGAUACCAUUGGCAACCUCGCACAACUACAACAUUUGGACUUGCACCGUUGUAUAAGCUUAACAAACCUUCCCGAUACCAUUGGCAACCUGUUAAAUCUGCAGUACUUGAACUUGUUCCAGUGUGGAAGCUUACAGAAACUCCCUGAUACAAUCGGCAACUUAUCACAAUUACAACACUUGAACUUGAAAUGGUGUGGAAGCUUAAAUAGCCUCCCUGAUACCUUUGGCAACCUGACAAACUUGCAGCACCUGUACUUGGAAGUGUGUGGAAAUUUAUGUAACCUCCCCGAUACCUUUGGCAACCUGUCACAGGUGCAGCAGUUAGAUUUCAUGGGUUGUGGAAGCCUAAAUAAUCUCCCCGAUACCAUUGGUAACCUGUCACUACUGUGUUAUUUGUCCUUGUCAGGGUGUGGAAGCCUAAAUAACCUCCCAGAUACCAUUGGUAACCUGUCAGGACUGCAACACUUGUCCUUGGCAGGAUGUAGACGCCUAAAUAACCUCCCUCAAACCAUUGGCAAUCUGUCACAGCUGCAGCUGUUAAGUUUGAGAGAGUGUGAAAGCUUAAAUAACCUCCCUCAUACCAUUGGCAACCUGUCACAGCUGCAGCAGUUGGACUUGGCAGAGUGUAAAAGCUUAAAUAACCUCCCCGAUACCAUUGACAACCUGUCACAACUGAAACAGUUGAACUUGGGAGGGUGUAGAAGCUUAAAAAGCCUUCCUCAUACCAUUGGCAACCUGUCACAGCUGCAACACUUGAACUUGGAAGGGUGUGGAAGUUUGAAUAACCUCGCCGAUACCAUUAGCAACCUGCCACAGCUGAAGUUGAACAUGGGAUGAUGUGGAAGCUUAAAUAAUGGCCUUGAUACCAUUGGUAACGUCACACAGUUGCAGCAUAUAAAAGUGCAAGGAUAUGUAAGUCUAAAAUGGGAAGGAUGUAUAAGGAAUUAUAUAACUAUUAAAUUUUACAGAAAGGAAGAAAUCGAUUUUUUUUAUUUGCUUC